AUGGGUCUCUCCGCUGCAUCUGGAUAUGCAGUCUCUGGUAGGCGUCUAGCUCGAACCCCAUUUGGGAAAUCUAAUUUACCGUCGACAUGUUUGUGCCUUAUGCCUAUAUACGGAUUUCCUUAUCCACCCAUCACUGGAGAGGCGAGAGAUGAACAUGGCCACUCAGAGGUGCUGACUGGAAUCACAGAUGCAGAAGAAGUUUACACAGAGCAAUGUGAGGCUACAGUUGCUGCUAAACAUCUACUGCGCUCGUUGGAGCGCUUUGACUCAUUUGAUCAUGUACCAAAUGAGAUGAUUAGUUCUUCCACGACAAAGACGCGGAUAAGGUCUGCUGCCAUUUCAGAUCCGACCCAGGAGAGCGAGCAGCCGGACUGCCCUUCUUUCUCGGGAGCAUCGGAAUAUGCAGAGCUACUUUUCGAUGCAGUGUCUCCAUCCACAUACGAUGAGAACAUAGAACUAAGUAGUAUCUUCGCAGGGGGGACUGCGACCGAAAGACCCUGGCGACUUGAAUGCGACCCCAUCCUUCGAUACACCACCGGUUCUCCAAUGCUCCCAGGAUUAGAUCAUCUUCGCAAUAUCACUGCUCGCUCCGCAACUAUCCAGUAUGACCACAGCAUCGAAGAUCUGUAUUAUGCCACUACAUUCUUCCUUGAUGAUUGUCAAGAUGGCGAGUGUUCAUGUUUAGAUGGUGAGAUGUGUAGUCUUCGCAUGCCUGGCGAGAACUUCAUGCUUGCUAAUAACGACGACGAUGACGUCGACUGCAGUCUCUCACACAUGUACCCCACGACAGAAGACAUAUCUCAGCUUAUAGAUGAGUUCGUCAAUGCGGACAUGUUUGACGUAUACGAAGUUCAUACAGGCAUUUCGGAAGUGCUACCUCUUGACUGUGGAUACUUUGACACCACUCCACAAGAUGUGAAAGCCUCCAAAGUAAUUGACCAGAUGUUGUACCCGUCUAGCUCUAACGCUGCAUCAUUUAUAUGCGACAACGAGAGUGAUUCUGAUGUCUCUGAUCCGGACGCAGAAAGUUUGUCAUUGAAUCACCACCCAAAACUAAAAUAUGUCGACACUGACACAGAUCAGUCUGUCGCUUAUACAGCCUUGAACCAACUAUUGGCAAUGGAGGAAGAAGAACCACGGCCAGUCAUUCACCGGCCUUGCUGA